AUGUUCAGCGACGUCUCCCAGAUAGCCUGGGGAGCAGUCUUGAUAAAAGACGGUCUAAGCCAGCAAAUACGAGAUUAUUCGACAAGCUUGAAGGUGAUAUCAAUGCCCUUGAGCCCAGGGCUUUAUGUAAUUAACACUUUGAUCUCCUUUUUCUCUUCUAUCAGAAACGCAAGAAUCAAUGUGUGGACAAACAACGUGACUCUCCCAGAAGUCUGGGAAAAUGGCGGUUGUAGGAGUUCUCUAGUGAAGAAGGAAUUAAAAAAUAUAGAAGAAAUGUCUCGAGCUGAAAACUUUGCUUUGCAUUUGAAAUAUGUCCCAUCGAAUGAAGACAGUGCUGACGCGCCCUCCCGUACCUUGUUUGACUUGGAUUGUUUCUUGUCAGACGAGGCGUGGGCCUGAGUUUCAAGCGAGGUUUGGACCACAGACGUUUAACUUGAUGUCUUUGGACAGCAACUGUCGCAGAGGAAGGGAUAGAAGACUGUUGCCUCAUUACUCGCCUUAGCCGACUCCGUAUUCUUCAGGAGUUAAUGUUUUCGCACAAACGAUACAGAUAGAACAUAAUGUCUAUGUCUUUCCUCCUGUCGUUCUCGUAGGACCUUUGUUGGGGGUAUUUUUUUUUAUAUCAACGCCAAUGUCUCGCUUUUACUGUCAUUGUCCCUCGUUUACAACGGCAUCGUUAUUGAUGGGUAAUACUCCAAGCUAUGGCAGUAGAUUCUUUUCUUAUUGGGAGGAAAGGUGAUCCGGCCGUUCUGCUUUUCCCUUCCCGCACCUCCCCGGAUUUCAUUGCUAGGCCUUACCAUGGGAUCUGUGCGCUUUUCGUUGUAUCUGCCCCUGAUAAGCUGUGUAUAUAGAUCGAACGAACAUGGAAGCCUGCCUACAGAUGUCUCGCCUGCUCUUAUCCAAACGACAGUGACGCGAACUUUUGCCGAGGCUGCCGUAAACCUAAGUCGCGUGAGCCAACGCAAGGGGCCCGUUCAAAUGCAGACAUGCCUCUGA